AGCGGGCGGGGCCUCGGCGUCGUGCUCCCGGACGGCGUUGGGCGGGCUGGAACGCUGGGCGGCGGCUGCUCGCCUUGCCUUUUGAGACCGAGCAGGGACGGACCGUGAAAGAACAGUACCCGCUUACGCUCCUGUGCUAGCCGCGACCCCGCCCCAGCAGGAUUGCCCGCCGAGUGCUUUUCGGGGCUCUGUCCCCGCAGCGCCCGGAGACAGCGCCUCGAGUCUUGAGGGCAGUUCGCACCGUGGAGACUGGGAUCCGACGCCGCCCAGGGCUGGAGCGAGGGUCGGCUGAGCCCGCCCGACCGGCUUCCGUCGCCGCCACUCCAGGCCUCGCUCCGCCCGCUGGGUCCGAUGGCGGCGCCGGCGUCGACCUUGGUAUCAUUUGAAGAUGUGGCUGUGACCUUCACUGGGGAGGAGUGGGGACACCUGGACCUGGCGCAGAGGACCCUGUACCAGGAAGUGAUGCUGGAGACCUGCGGGCUCCUGGUCUCCCUGGGGCAUCCUGUUCCCAAACCAGAGCUGAUCUACCUACUGCAGCAUGGGCAGGAACUACGGGCAGUGCAGAGAGGCCUCCCCCAAAGCACCUGUGCAGGUGAAAAAUCAAAACCUGAGACCACAGAGCCUACUGCUUCUCAGUUGGCCUUCUCCAAGGAAUCCUCUUUCCAGGAACAACUGGCACGGAAAUCCUCAAAGGAUUCCAGGUUGGGGAAAGCUAGAGAUGAGGAAAGGCUAUCAGAAAUGCAAGGAGGGAACUUGAGGCCAGGAACAGACCCCCACAGGGAGCUGUGCCCUGGGAAGUUGAACCAUAAAUGUGAUAAUUUGGAGACAGAUGAUAGUCUUGGUUUAAGGGUUUUACAGGAACGAAUCACUCCACAAGAUGCUCUCCAUGAACAUGCUUCUCAAGGACCAGGAAAAGGCCCCAUGAUUGAUGCAAGGAAUAACCCUUACAAAUGCAAGGAAUGUGGAAAAGGGUUUAGCAAGAAUUGGGCCCUUAUUCGGCAUCAACAGAUUCAUGCUGGAGUGAAGCCUUAUGAAUGCAAUGAGUGUGGGAAAGCGUGCCGUUAUAUGGCCGACUUCAUUCGACAUAUGAGGUUUCAUACAGGGGAAAAACCAUACAAGUGUAUUGAGUGUGGGAAAGCCUUCAAACGCAGGUCUCACCUCACGGAGCACCAGCGGAUUCACACCGGAGAUAAGCCCUAUGAGUGCAAAGAAUGUGGGAAAGCUUUCUCCCACCGCUCUUCUUUUAUCCAGCAUAAUAUGACUCACACUAGAGAAAAGCCCUUUUUAUGCAAAGAAUGUGGGAAAGCUUUUUACUACAGCUCUUCAUUCGCACAACACAUGAGGAUUCAUACUGGAAAGAAACUCUAUGAGUGCAGUGAAUGUGGAAAAGCCUUUACUCACCGCUCCACUUUUAUCCAGCAUAACAUGGCCCACACGGGAGAAAAACCCUUUUUGUGUAAAGAAUGUGGAAAAGCUUUUUGCCUCAACUCAUCCUUCACUCAACACAUGAGGAUUCACACUGGGGAGAAGCCCUAUGAGUGCAGUGACUGUGGAAAGGCCUUUACUCACCGCUCCACUUUCAUCCGGCAUAAGAGGACCCAUACUGGAGAGAAGCCCUUUGAGUGCAAAGAAUGUGGAAAGGCCUUUUGUGACAGCUCUUCCUUAAUUCAGCACAUGAGGAUCCACACUGGCGAGAAGCCCUAUGAGUGCAGUCAAUGUGGAAAGGCCUUUACACACCAUUCUGUUUUCAUCCGACAUACUAGGACCCACAGUGGAGAAAAACCCUUGGAGUGCAAGGAAUGUGCAAAAGCCUUUUACUACAGCUCUUCCUUCACUCGACACAUGAGGAUUCACACUGGAGAAAAGCCCUAUGUUUGCAGAGAAUGUGGAAAGGCCUUUACCCAACCUGCAAAUUUUGUUCGGCAUAAUAGGAUCCACACUGGAGAAAAACCCUUUGAAUGCAAAGAAUGUGAGAAGGCCUUUUGUGACAACUUUGCCUUAACUCAGCACAUGAGAACUCACACGGGAGAGAAACCCUUUGAAUGCAGUGAAUGUGGAAAGACCUUCAGCCACAGUUCAUCCUUUACUCACCAUCGGAAGAUUCAUACCAGAGUUUAAAGGAUAGAAGAAGGCCUUUUGCAAGUACGUUCACCUCAGUCAACUUCAGGGAACUCAUACUGGUGAAUACCUUUCCUUUUGAUUAGAAUUACUGAGGAAAAUCUUUUGGCCAGAGAAAUAUCUAACUCAGUAUCUGAGAAUUUAUACUAAAGAGAAACAUCAUAAUUGUCAUUCCUCUGAAAGCUUUUUAAUGGCAGUUCAUCACUUGUCAUCCAAAGAAGUAUAUUAGACAUUGACCCACUAUAGAGGCUUACACUAUACCUGAGAAUCAUCCAGGAGAGAGACCCAGUGAUUAUCAUGCAUUUAGGUAAAAUAUCAACAACAACUUUCGUCUUAUUAUACUAUAAAUCUGUCUCAAGAGUAUUUUAAUAGAACAAGGAAAGGUGGAGGAAGAGACUUGGAAGAGAAAGGAGAAAUAAAUGCAUGCAUGAUUUCACUUUCCCCAUUAAGUUUAUGACAAUUUGUCAUUUGGAGAGGUUGAGGAUGGGGUGGGCCUCAUCCCCUUUAUGUGUUUUUUAUCUGUACAUCCAGGGUCAGGAAAGUUGGACCAUUGAUGGCAGUUCUGCCAACAUUUGUUAAACUAAUUUUUUUUCUAAAACAUGGUUGUCUCUACUCUUUGGGUAACGUAAAUCUUUGUGCAAAUAUAAAAGCUUGAGUCAUGAAGUACUUAGACACACACAUAUAUACACAUACAUUUUAUUAUAUGCAAUGAAUUCUUGUUAUUGAUGUUAGUUAUGUUCUAUGAAUUUGCUGUGCACACUGAAUUAGUGAAUGCUGAACCAUCAUUGUGAGGAGAAAUGACCAUUAGGUUCUGUAAGCCUCUGGUCCAAACAUUUUCAUCAACCUGUCACUAUGUAACCUUCUUUUAUGGGUGUUUUCUUUCUGUUUAAAGACACUUUAUCUAAUAUAUAUUUCUUUAAAACUUAUAAUUACUAUUUUUUAUAAUAAAGUAUUUUAAUU